AUGAAGAAAUGUGAGCUCUCCAAAAGAGUGCCACAUGGGAAACUCAUGCAUUUACCUCAUGGAAAUAAGACAGCAGGAUACAGGUGGAUUUAUACUGUGAAACUCAAAGUAGAUGGAUUCGUUGAAAGAUAUAAAGCUAGAUUGGUGGCGAAGGAAUACACACAAAGAUAUGAGAUAGACUACGAGGAGACCUUUGUCCCAGUAGCCAAGAUUAACACUAUUAUAGUCAUAUUGUCUCUAGCAGCAAAUUUCAAUUGGCCACUACAUCAGUUUGAUGUCAAAAAUGCAUUCUUACAUGGAAACUUGGAAGAAAAAGAAUUUAAGAUGAAGGAUUGGGGUGAUCUGAACUACUUUCUCGGAAUCGUAGUAGCAAGGUCAAAAACUGGUAUAUUUUUGUCUCAAAGGAAGUAUGUAAUGGAUUUACUCACUGAAACAGAAAUGCUUGGAUGUAAACCUGCUGACACACCCAUUGAGAUGAAUCACAAGUUAUGUGAAGACAUGGACCAAGAACCAACCAAUAAGGAACAGUACCAACGCCUUGUUGGAAGGAAUGCAGUUGAUCGAAUUUUAAGAUACUUAAAGUUAGCCCCGGGGAAAGGAUUAAUGUUCUCAAAAAAUGGAGAUCUUGAAGUUGUUGGAUAUACAGAUGCUGAUUGGGCUGGUUCCAUUAUAGAUAGACGCUCUACUUCUAGUUACUUUACAUUCAUGAAAGGUAACCUAGUCACUUGGUGGAGUAAAAAGCAAAAUGUGGUUUCUUGGUCCAGUGCAGAAGCAUAG